CUGCGCGUCCCCGCCGGGCGCUCUCCCUGCUGCGGGCUGCGGUCCUGGCCGGGUACCCGCGGAUACUCGCUGCGUCCCCGGCGUGGCCUUCGCCGCGAUCCCCGAGGACUCCUCGGGCACCCCUGGGGCGCCGCGGCCUCCGAGCCCCCUGUGCCUUUGUCCCUUGCCCGGGGCGCGGAGCCGCCCUGCCCGGGCUGCCGGCGCUGCGGGGCGCAGCGGGGAGCGGGCGCUGCUCGGAGCGCGGCCCGCGUCCCGUCUGCCCCAGGGAGCUGCUGCCCCGGGCAGGGACACUCGGGGCUGGGGCCGGCCGGGGGACGGGGAUCCUGCCCCUUCCUGCCGGUGUUCGCGGAACGUGGGGCUCAGUGCGGCCGGGACACCGCUGUCCUUGUGUCCUUUGACUCGCCGGGAUGGCCCGCUGUCGGCAGCCGCUUCCCGCUGUUUGUCCCUCGACUGAGAUGUCAAAUCGAAUUGCGAGUACCAGACGUGUUCUGCUACAUUCUGCCGUGUUGCAAAACACGUACUGACGGAUUCAGGAAGAGAUGCAGUCAGGGAUGUUAAAAAGGGGCCACUUAUUUUUAGAUGUGCAGUCUGGUGCUUACUCCCUGCUGCAGCAGUAAGUAAUGGGCAAACAUCUGGGUGCCCUUGAGCAGUAGCCCCAAGGGCAUGGGCCGAGGGGCAGGGGUGGUCCACUCUCCGGAUCACGGCUGGAUGGGGAGGGCACCGGUGGAGCCGUGCCCCGUCCCUCAUCCCUCUGCAGCACCAUGUGCUGUUGCCAGCGUGAUCCCUUGUGAAGGGUGUGUGUUGGGCCCCCUUGCUGAGCCAUGGAGCCAGGACGCAUGGCAUAUCUGGUCCCAGGUCCAGCUGCCCACCAGCCAUCCCUCCUACUGCCCUCUGACCAUCCCUUCAAGUGCCCACUGACCACCCUCCCAGUGUCCAGGCACAGGCUGCAGUGCUGCUAGCUCUUCCCACCCCUUAAUCAGACCCAAAAGGACCAUGCUGCUGUACAGACAGGACAAAACCUAUGCCAGGCCUUAAGUAAGUGACUGUGCUUUCUGCAAGGGUGCCCCUUUUGUAAUAUGGCUUUAAUAAAAAGUGAAGCUGGAUCAUUUAUAAGUAAUGUAGAAUCAUUAGCAGUUAAUGCAUUGAGCUAAACAGUGGCACACUUUUCCCAGAAAGCCCAGCAGCAUUUUGACUUUAUAGCCAGAAUGUGUUGGCUACAGAGAGCAUGAUUUUUUGGAGCCCUUGCAUUCACAGACCUUUAUGGCAACAGCUCUGGCACGGAGCCGCUCUGAUUUCAGGUGCAGAGCAGGCUGGACAGUAUUAGAUGAAAUAUGGGGAUUAUACACCAAGCUUUGUCCUUUGGAGGUCUGGUAAAAACUUUGAGGUCUCAACUUGAAUUUCAUAGAAUCCUGGAAUGGUGUGGUUUGGAAAGGACCUUAAAGCCCAUCUCAUUCCACUCCCCUGGUAUGUGCAAUGACACCUUCCACUAUCCCACGUUGCACCAAGCCCUGUCCAGCCUGGCCUUGAGCACUUCCAGGGAUGGGGCAGCCACAGCUUCUCUGGGCACCCUGUGCCAGGGCCUCACAGGAAACAAUUUCUUUCCAAUAUCCCAUCUAACCCUGUACUAUCUAACCCAUGUAACUCAGUACCAGGGCAGUGUCUCAGCAUCCCCAGCCUGAAAACCUCAGCUGGGACAGGCUGGGUGUCUCGCAGAAAAUUCCUGAGCAGAGCUAAACAGCUGCUACAAACUCCAUCAACAAACUUCUGUGUCACAGAGAUGUCAGACCCUGUCUUUAAUUUCCUCAUGUACCCUUAAAAGGUUGGUAGUCAGACUGCCCCCAUCACGCAUAUUCAGGACUCUUUAAAUUCUGUCAGAUGUAUCCUGUGAAGCACCAUGUCCUGUUCUUGUCCCGAGGCCAACUGGCAGGGUCUGGUCAUAUCCAUGGUAUUAAACUCAUGAGUUCCAAAGAGGGAGGCACAUCAGUGCUACCUGUGAGCAAUGGUUUUCUGGCCUAGUCCCAGCCAUGCCCAUGCUUUGGGCACAUAUUGGUUGGUGCAGACCAAAUCAGAUCUUGGACCAAUCUCCUGCGCUGGUUUCUUGGGCUGUUCUGACCCCGUUAUAUCCACUAGCACAAACCUAGCUAACUGCCUAAGCAGGGGUAACCUAGGACCAUUGUUCUUAUGCUUGAAGACAAGCAGAAACGUGCAGCCCCCCAUAUACCCAUCUUUGAAAUGCCUGUGUCUGGGACAGCUCAAGGGAGCAGUUGUUUGCUGGCUCAGGGUGCUGCCUGAGCUCAGCUGUUAGCUGAGCAGCUGACCGGACACCAGCCAUGGCUGGGGCGGAAAACCAUACAAGGAUUGAAAAUGGCCCUGUGGAAAAGAACCUGGGGGUACUGGUUGACACUAAUUAAACAUGAACUGGCCAAGAAAGCUAAGAGCAUCCUGGCUUGUGUCAACAAUAGUGUGGCAGCAGGACCAGGGCAGAGAUAUCCCCCUGUGCUGUUCACUGCUGAGGCACCUCGAGUCCUAGCUGCUCACAGCAAGAGAGACAUCGAGGGGCUGGAGGUGUCCAGGGAAAAGAAUGGAGCUGAGGAAGGGACUGAAGCACAAGUCUGGUGGGUGGCUGACAGAGCUGGGGGAAUUCAGACGGGAUAAAGGGAGGCUCAGGGGGGACCUUCUCACUCUCUACAACACCUUGACAGGAUGGUGGAACCAGGUGGGGAUUGGGCUCUGCUUUAACAGGUGACAGGACGAGGGGAAGUGGCCUCAAGUUGCGCCAGUGGAGGUUCUGGUUGGGUAUUAGGAACAAUUUCUUCACUGAAGGAGUGGUUAAGCAUUGGACAGGCUGCCCAGGACUAUAGUGGAUUCACCACCCUUGGGAGUGUUCAAGAAAUGACUGGACAUGACACUUUGCAAUAUGGUUUGGAGGGCAUGGGUUAUUCGGUCAAAGGUUGGAUUUGAUGAUUUUGGAGGUUUUUCCCAACCACAAUGAUUCUAUAAUUUAAUCUACAGGAAGCUCAGCUCCUGUGCUGACAAUACAUACACCCUGGGCAAUGGACAAGGCUGGGUCUGCAGCUUUGUUCAGCCUGUUUUGCUGUUGGCUUGUAGGUAAGCAGGGCGUAUAUGCAGACAAGGCUUAGAUUACCUCCCUCUUAUAGAUUAGGGAUGAACCAGAUCCCCAGAGGCAAAACUCUACAGAGACACACUCUCUGUGGGAUAAAGAAUGUUUGAGUGUGUCUUUGAAUCCUUUCCAGUUUUCCAGACCCCUCUUCUGAAGGAGAAAAACAGAACCCUGUGGUGUCCUUGUCUCUGGCGAUCGUUCUCUCCUAGUGGUGUGUCAAACUUCUGCAAACACACUGAGUCCCAGGGUCUCUCUUAGAAUCUGUUUUCUAGGCUCUCCUCUCUCUUUUAAUUGCCCUUGGCAGACCACAACCCUGAAUUUCUCAGAGCAGGAACCACAGCCUUCCUUUGGUUUGAUCUGAAGCUGGGUGUAUUCAGACAUGAAUGAAUGCACUUAAACAGCUGGCCUGCAAAAAUCACCUUUUUUUGCAGUCACUCUAAUGGGGUUGUUGUUGGUGUCACGGUUGUCCUUUCUCUUGUUCUUAGGUGCCUCCUGGAACUAUUUUGUAUAUAAAUCACAGCACUGACCCUGUAGCCCUAGCUGCUACACAGGCAGCUUGUAGAAGGUCACUGACCUAUGUGUGGGAAGUGAGAACACACAAACAGCAGCUUCAAUAUUUUUCAUGUGCUUCUGUGUCUAGCUUCCAGACAAAAUUUGUCUUUUUGUGCAGGACUGUGUGGGAUCCUGUUGUGCUCUUAGUGCUGUGAAAUCUCAAAGUGGCAAUGAUGCAGACCAUGGGUCAGUUAGGUUGUUUUUCCAUAGAAUAGCAAUGGCCAAGCAUUGCUGCCAGCUUUGCAGCCAAUGACACUGCACUGCUGGUGAUGCCCAAGAUUUUUAGCUUUUUAUAUUUUUCAUAUAUUUGUGGCUAUGUAGAUUGUUAAUCCAUGGGUGUAGCUUCUAGUACUUUUCCUUUCUUCCCUACAUUUAGGAACAAUAAGCUAAUCUUAUAAACACAUUUCUAAAAAUAUUGCUCAGUCUUAUUCUAAGAAGAGAACCAGCUACAAGGACACUCUGUUUUCCAACCAGAAUCUGGACCAGGCAUAACAAAAGUGGAGCAAGAGAAACUUCUGGACUGCUCCCAGUGGGACAGGACCCCAGGAAUUAUUACCUAACUAAUUAACCUUUUAAUUGGACUAUAUAUGAUAAGUAUACUAAUCAACUAGCCUUAUAAAAAUUGUAGCAUUACUACACCACAUACAAUUUUUGCCAUAUUGUGUACCUGAAAGCUUUCAAGUAAAUAUUUGCUUAUAUAUUCACUCUUAAUGUUGUAGGGAAGAUCUAUUCUGUUUUCCAGGUGUUACUGGGACAGCCAGCUCUGCCUUCGGCAUUGGCCUUUCCCCGUGCCCGGGAGCAAGGAGUAAUUCCAGGCAGAGGAGAUGGCCAAAUUGAGUCGUAGAGUGUGUUUAUUCCAAGACAGGCCACCGUCCCCUGUCAACGUGACUGUGACCCAGCUGAAGGCAAACUCUGCCACGGUCUCCUGGGAUGUACCAGAAGGAGACGUGGUCAUCGGCUAUGCCAUUCUACAGCAGAGGCAGGACGGACAGAUGCAGCGCUUCAUCCGUGAGGUGAACACCACCAACCGUGCCUGUGUGCUGUGGGACCUGGCAGAGGAUGCUGACUACAUCAUCCAGGUGCAGAGCAUUGGCCUGUAUGGGGAGAGCCAGGCUAGCAAGCGUGUCCACUUCCGCACCCUGAAGGAAACCGACCGCCUGCCUUCCAACAGCUCCAACCAAGGUGACAUCACCAUGGAAGGGCUGGACAAAGACCGGCAGCUGCAGACAGGCGAGAUUAUUAUCAUUGUGGCUGUGCUACUCAUGUGGGCAGCGGUGAUCGCCCUGUUCUGCAGACAAUAUGAUAUCAUCAAGGAUAACGACUCCAACAACAACAAGGAGAAGACAAAGCCGUCCUCAGAGCACAGCACACCAGAACGACCAAGUGGAGGGCUGCUGCGGAGCAAGAAGAAAUCGCCCUCAGUCAAUAUCAUCGAGGUGUAAGUGCAACACCAGCUCUGCCAUCUGGGAUCAUCUGGGUGUCCUGCCAGAGCCAAAGCAGGCCUUGGAAGAAGAGGCAGCACCAGGCGCACAGCCUGGAACUCAGCAUGCGACAAUCCACGUCAUCAGAACUCCACUUUCCUGAGGGCCCCUGUCCGGGAUGUGCAUGGAGCCAGCUCCCGAGCCGUGCAUGCAGAGCAUGGCCCUGCCCAUCCCGCACACCUGGCCGCCCUCCCCUGCCUGCGGGCAGCACGGAGCUGGGGACGGGGGGCUGGGAGGGAGCCAGGGGGAGCCCCUGGGCCUGAGGGGAGGCCAUGUCCCUGUGGGCGUGAGGGGAGGCCAUGUCCCAAUGGGCCUGAGGGGAGGCCAUGUCCCUGUGGGCGUGAGGGGAGGCCAUGUCCCCGUGGGCCUGAGGGGAGGCCAUGUUCCUGUGGGUCCGAGGGGAGGCCAUGUCCCCGUGGGCCUGAGGGGAGGCCAUGUCCCUGUGGGCGUGAGGGGAGGCCGUGUACCCAUGGGCCUGAGGGGAGGCCGUGUACCCAUGGGCCUGAGGGGAGGCCAUGUCCCUGUGGGCGUGAGGGGAAGCCGUGUCCCCAUGGGCCUGAGGGGAGGCUGUGUACCCAUGGGCCUGAGGGGAGGCCACAUCCCUGUGCCCGGCUUGGCCAAAGCCCUGGUGCAGCUGUGCCACUGUGCCUGCCCAGCAUCGGGGGCUGACCUUGCUCUCAGCUGCCUGUUUGGCCUGGGGGUUGCUCGCAGAGAGCAGGAGCUGCUCCCCUCAGGGUCCCGGGGCUGGGGGAACAAGGCAGUGCAGGCAUUGCCCGGCUCUGCCAGGAUAGCUGUGGCCAGGACAGCUGUGGCCAGGUGGUUGGAGGGCUUGUCCUCAGCCAGCACAGGGGAUGAGUGGAUUGCUGCUGGAGAACAGGGCUCCACUGCACCCUGUCAUGGUCAUGCAGGGACUUCAAAUUCUCUGUGUAGUGCAGAGGACAAAGGCACGAGGGAUGAUGAGCUGGUGCUGUCACAGUGCCUGGCCAGCCCGCAGAGCCUGCAGCUGGGCCAGGGAGGACUGGUGGAAGCCCCACAGGGCUGGGCAGUGGGCAGUGGGCAGUGUCAGGGCAUGGCUGUGGCCGUGCUGUGUCCCCAGCAGGGCUCAGUGCUGGCACAUUCAGGAUGGCUGAGGGAAGCUGCCAAGCACUUUUUGAGCAGCACAGUGCCUGUGCUGCCUGGAGGAGACAAUGUGGUGAGGCCUGCAAGGUCCCAGCUGGAGGGAAUGGGGUGAAACAAGGAGGCUCCCUGGUGCCCUGGCUGCUGCUCUUCCUCCAUGCUCUGCUCUGCAGCCUGCCACAGACAGGCUCUGCAGCCCUGGACUCAAGCACCACAGGAUCCAGCGUCUUCCAGAAAUAAAUCUCCCAGUUAAAGCACUUUCAGGACUUUUCCUUCCAGGUGCUGCUCAGCUCCUGCUGCAGGACUAGGUGGGGGAGGGACAGGAUAAGCAACUCCUGUGGCAGGGUCUUUUCAAUAAAAGCAUCCUGGCUCAAAAGCAGCAUCAGA